AUGUGUUGGACGGAUCCUCACGGUCUCGCCGCCGGAGAAGUUUCACAAACGGAGAAGGAUUCGACACUAAGUACAGGAGCCAAGAAGUCCUUCCUCUGUCCGCACUGUGGAAAGAGCUACAAGCGUAAAGGAGACCUGAAGGAUCACAUGGCGAUUCACAGCGAGCGGCCGUACACCUGUCUGCAGUGCGGCAAGAGCUACACACAGAAGGUCAACCUCCAGAAUCACCUGCUGAUUCACAACGGAGAGAAGCCCUUCACCUGCUCGCAGUGCGACAAGAGCUUCACGCGCAAGGGAGACCUGAAGAAGCACAUCAUCGUUCACUUCGGAGAGCGGCCCUUCACCUGCCAGCAGUGCGGGAACAACUUCAGACACCAGGGGAACCUCACCAGCCACAUGAAGAUCCACACCGGGGAGAAAUCACAGCGCAAUUACAGCGACAAGAAACUCGCGCAAGUGUGCAAUUACAAGAAGCCGGUGCUGUAUCACGCCGGAGACAUGCCCUUCAAAUGUGACCCCUGCGGUCAGAGAUUCAUUCUGUCCGCGCACCUGAAGAGACACCAGAAGUGGCACUCGCAUUAG